UCAGCCGGGCACACCCUGCCUGUCGGUUCAGGGAGCACCUUGAGAAGCCUAGAGAGAAACGAAACUCUGCUGGGGCACAGGUCAGCAUGGACCUGUACCACACACCAGCCGAAGCUCUGGACAAGCUGGUGGCCCACAGCCUGCACCCACUCCCUGAGUUCACAGCGGCUGUGAGAGGUGCUCUGCAGGCCCUGGACAUCGCCCUACGGGAGCGGGGAGCUCUAGGGUCACAGAGACCACGGGUGCUAAGGAUUGCCAAGGGAGGAGCCCAUGGCCGGGGCACAGCUCUCAGGGGUGGCUGUGAUGUCGAACUUGUCAUCUUUCUCAACUCCUUCAGAAGCUAUGAGGACCAGAGGACCUGCCCCACAGAGACCCUGGGUGCCAUGCGGGCAUUGCUGGAGUCCUGGGGACGUCACCCUGGGCCUGGCCUGACUUUUCAGUUUUCUGAGCCAAAAGCAUCCGGGGACUUGCAGUUUCGUCUGGCAUCAGCAGACCAGGAAAACUGGGUGGAUGUCGUCCUGGUGCCUGCCUUUGAUGUCCUGGGACCACCCUGCUCUGGAGUCAAGCCCACACCCCAGGUGUACUCCUCUCUCCUCAGCAGUGGCUGCCAGGCUGGGGAGCACGCAGCCUGUUUCACGGAGCUCCGAAAGAACUUCGUGAACAUUCGCCCAGCCAAGCUUAAGAACUUAAUCCUGCUGGUUAAACAUUGGUACCGCCAGGUGUGCUGGGAGGCCACCUCAAGGGUCACGUUGCCCCCCAGCUAUGCCUUAGAGCUGCUCACCAUCUUUGCCUGGGAGCAGGGAUGUAGGAAGGACACCUUCAGCCUGGCCCAAGGGCUCCGGACUGUCCUGGCUUUGAUCCAUCAGAACAAGCACCUCUGCAUUUUCUGGACAGAAAACUAUGGUUUGGAGGACCCUGUCAUUGGGGAGUUCUUACGAAGGCAGCUUGAAAGACCCAGGCCUGUGAUCCUGGAUCCAGCUGACCCGACUUGGGACCUGGGAAACGGGACAGCCUGGCGCUGGGAUGUGCUGGCCAAGGAGGCUGAGUCCUGCUUUAAUCAGCGGUGCCUCCUGCAGGUGUCAGGAGUCCCUGUGCAGCCUUGGGAGGGGCUGGGCCUUCCACGUCCUGGGAUCUUGGGUCUGGGCCACCCCAUCCGACAAGGACCUAGCCAGGCCUUUGAAGACAACAAAGGCCAUGGAGUUGUGCCACCAAGGACAAGGAGCCUGCAACCUUCAAAUCCAGCUCCAAGACUCCCAAAAGCAAACACCAAGGUCCCAUCUGUGCCAAAGCCAGCAGCCAGUAAAGCCACCAUCUACACUGCUGAGUCAGGAAUGGGCCCAGAUCUGUCCCAAAUCCCCAGCAAGGAGCUAGACUCCUUCAUCCACGACCACCUGAAGCCAAGUCCCCAUUUCCAGAAGCAAGUAAGGCAGGCCAUCGACGCCAUCCUCCGCUGCCUCCGGGAGAAGUGCGUAUACAAAGCCUCCAGGGUCAGCAAGGGUGGCUCUUUCGGCCGUGGCACGGACCUCAGGGGCAGCUGCAAUGUGGAGCUUGUCAUCUUUUAUAAAGCUCUCCGGGACUUCAAGGGCCAGAGGUCUCAUCAAGCAGAGAUCCUGUGUGACAUACAAACCCAGCUGCAGUCCUGGUGUCAGGACCCAGUGCCUGGACUGAGCCUUCAGUUUGCUGAACAGACCAGGCCCAACGCCCUGCAGCUCCAGCUGGUGUCCACAGACCUCAGCGGCUGGGUAGACAUCAGUGUGCUGCCCGCUUUUGAUGCUGUGGGGCCACUGAAUCCUGGCGCCGCACCUCAGCCCCAGGUGUACUCCUCCCUCCUCAGCAGCGGCUGCCAGGCUGGGGAGCAUGCGGCCUGCUUCGCAGAGCUCCGAAGGAACUUCGUGAACAUUCGUCCAGUCAAGCUUAAGAGCCUCAUGCUAGUGGUCAAACACUGGUAUCGCCAGGUUGCCACUCGAAAUAAAGGAGGAGAGGCAGCGGGUGCCCCUCUGCCCCCAGCCUACGCCCUGGAGCUCCUGACAGUCUUUGCCUGGGAGCAAGGCUAUAAGAAGCAGAAGUUCAGCACGGCUGAAGGCCUGCGGACUGUCCUGAGGCUGGUCCAGCAGCAUCAGUCGCUCUGUGUCUACUGGACAGUCAACUACAGUGUGCAGGACCCGGCCCUCAGGGCACACCUUCUCGGCCAGCUUCGGAAAGCUAGGCCUCUAGUCCUGGACCCUGGGGAUCCCACCUGGAACGUGGCCCAGGGCAGCUGGGAGCUGUUAGCCCAGGAGGCAGCGGCCCUGGAGUCACAAGUCUGCCUUCAGAGUGGGGAUGGAACUCUGGUGCCACCCUGGGAUGUGAUGCCGGCCCUCCUUCACCAGACCCCUGCUGAGGACCUGGACAAGUUCAUCAGUGAAUUCCUCCAGCCCGACCGCCAUUUCCUGACGCAGGUGAAGAGAGCGGUAGACACCAUAUGUUCCUUCCUGAAGGAAAACUGCUUCCGGAACUCUACCAUCAAGGUGCUCAAGGUGGUCAAGGGCGGAUCUUCUGCCAAAGGCACGGCUCUACAGGGGCGCUCGGAUGCUGACCUGGUGGUAUUCCUCAGCUGCUUCCGCCAGUUCUCCGAACAAGGCAGCCACCGGGCAGAGAUCAUCUCGGAGAUCCAGGCUCAGCUGGAGGCGUGCCGGCAAAAACAGAGGUUCGAGGUCAGGUUUGAGAUCUCCACGAGAAAGAAUCCUCGAGUCCUCAGCUUCUCGCUGACAUCCAAGACCCUGCUAGACCAGAGCGUGAGCUUUGAUGUGCUGCCAGCCUUUGAUGCCCUUGGCCAGCUGAGGUCCGGCUCUCGGCCUGAUCCCCAGGUCUACAGAGACCUCAUCCACAGCUACAGCAAUGCGGAUGAAUUUUCAACCUGCUUCACGGAGCUGCAGCGGGACUUCGUUAGCUCCCGUCCCACCAAACUCAAGAGCCUGAUUCGGCUGGUGAAGCACUGGUACCAGCAGUGUACCAAGAUGGUCAAGGGGAAGGGUUCCUUGCCCCCUCAGCAUGGCCUGGAGCUCCUGACUGUAUACGCCUGGGAGCAGGGCAGCCAGAACCUCCAGUUCAACAUGGCAGAGGGAUUCCGCACCGUUCUGGAGCUGGUCGGCCAGUACCGUCAGCUCUGCAUCUACUGGACCAUCAAUUACAGUGCAGAGGACAAGAGCAUUGGUGACUUCCUGAAGAUGCAGCUUCAGAAGCCCAGACCUGUCAUCCUGGAUCCAGCUGACCCAACAGGCAACCUGGGCCACAAUGCCCGCUGGGACCUGCUUGCCAACGAGGCCAAAGCAUUUACAUCUGCCCUGUGCUGCAUGGACAAGGACGGCACCCCCGUCAAGCCAUGGCCGGUAAAGAGAGCCAGCUGUGGUGCAGCUGUGCUCCCCAUGUACUGUGAGCGUGGCCAUCAUGAGGCAGAGGCUGUGAUGGAGAAGUCCAUGGGGUAUAGCUUUCCUGAGUCAUCACCAGUGGAAACUCAAGGCUUUUUGAUAAUGCAGUACUUAGGGGUCACCCAUACCCCUGCCACCCCGACCCAUGCUCUGUUGAGUAACCCCAAUAAACCCGUUGGCUCACCCACUUAG